AUUUUACUUGCCGCGGUUUGUUGUCGUCUUAAUAUGACUGCGGAGCGGAGUACUUACAGAAGUUUGUUGCAGAGUCUGACUCAACAACUAAAGACAAAGUCUAACCUGUUUGAAGGGUGAGUCUCUGGAUAUGUCACUUUACAUGACUGACUUCACGGGAGUGUGCUGACUCUCUCUGACUCUAAGAUUAUCUCAAUGAAGUCUACGACUGAAAAUUCCUGGAAAAGUAGCAUAAGGAUUGAAAAAGGCAUGUUAUCAUCCAAAGUUCCAGUUUCCCGCACCUUGAAAGAGAAAUUAUCCAGAAUGGCUCCUGAUAAUGGUCCUGCCACAGGAGGGAAUAAAGAAGAACAUAUUAUUGGCAAAAUUUCAGCAGUUGGCCCAAAACGUCCAGCACAUUCAACACAGGUUUCAAGCACUUAUCACAGGAGAAAGCUGGGAAAUCCCAUCAAAGAAUCUAUAGCUGAAGUAGAACUUCUAAGACUCAAGACAGAAAAUCAAAAGCUAAAUAAUGAUCUUUCUGAGGCAAAGGAAAAUAUUAAUCAAUUAUCAGACAGAAAUUCCCAACUGGUGUGUGAUAUUGAAAAGCUUCAGAUGAAUCUUGAAACCAGCAUGAUCUUUUUGGGAAAAAAUAAUAUAGACCCAGUUUUUACAGGAAAGACUCUGGAAUCUGUAAAAGACCACGAAGAAACUAGAAAAAAGACAAUGAGCACAGUUAGAGACUUGAAGCAAGAGCUGGAGAAUUUCAUUAGCAGUGCUGCAGAACAUAGAAAACAGCUACAGGAAUUUGAGUCUAAACACAGAUUACUACAAGAAGAACGAAAGCGCUGUGUUCAAGAGCAAGCAGCCUUUGAAAACGACUUGCAGUGUAUGCAGAGAGAGCUUGAAAAAGCCAAAGAGCUCUUGGAAAUGUAAUAUAAUGUUUCAUAACCUGAAAGCACACAAACAAAAAACUGCAUUUUGAAAACACUUGUCAUUUUCUGCUAAUUUGUAUGUUUAUGACUGAGGGUUGUUGUUGUAAAUCUUUAUAUAACUUUACUCUGAAUUUAAUCCUUUACAUAUUUUAUAUUUGUAUAUGUAUAUUUUUGUGUACAUGAGUUCCUGUUCUUUAAUAUGUUAGUGGAUCGUGGCAGAGUAUAAUAUAUUUCACCAAGGGAGAACACCCAUACCCAUGCUUUGAUGAUCACCAUUGAUUCACCAAGGGGGACAACCAUGGGUCAAGAAGACACUGAUAAAAGGGAGUUGCAACAUCAAAAAGACUGAAAAAACAUUGCCUUAUCAAGUGUAAACCAAGAUGAAACAUCACAGGAACUGAAACAUUUGUUAAUUUUGUAAUUUCUUGUUUGUUAAGAUUUGGCUUCCUCUUAAUAAAAAUAAACAUUUUUUGAAAAGGUAA